AUGAGAGCACCCAUUCAGUGGGGACUGAGGGGUGUGUUUGGGACGGGUGGGGGUGUGUUUGGGGCGGGUGGGGGUGUGUUUGGGACGGGUGGGGGUGUGUUUGGGGCGGGUGGGGUGUGUUUGGGGACGGGUGGGGGUGUGUUUGGGACGGGUGGGGGUGUGUUUGGGGCGGGUGGGGGUGUGUUUGGGGCGGGUGGGGGUGUGUUUGCGGCGGGUGGGGGUGUUGUUUGGGGCGGGUGGGGGGUGUGUUUGGGACGGGUGGGGGUGUGUUUGGGACGGGUGGGGGUGUGUUUGGGACGGGUGGGGGUGUGUUUGGGACGGGUGGGGGUGUGUUUGGGACGGGUGGGGGUGUGUUUGGGAUGGGGGGGGUGUGUUUGCGGCGGGUGGGGGUGUGUUUGCGGCGGGUGGGGGUGUGUUUGCGGCGGGUGGGGGUGUGUUUGCGGCGGGUGGGGGGUGUGUUUGCGGCGGGUGGGGGUGUGUUUGCGGCGGGUGGGGGUGUGUUUGCGGCGGGUGGGGGUGUGUUUGCGGCGGGUGGGGGUGUGUUUGCGGCGGGUGGGGGUGUGUUUGGGGCGGGUGGGGGUGUGUUUGGGGCGGGUGGGGGUGUGUUUGGGGCGGGUGGGGGUGUGUUUGCGGCGGGUGGGGGGUGUGUUUGGGGCGGGUGGGGGUGUGUUUGCGGCGGGUGGGGGUGUGUUUGCGGCGGGUGGGGGUGUGUUUGCGGCGGGUGGGGGUGUGUUUGCGGCGGGUGGGGGUAGGUGUAGGAGGCGGGGUUAG